AUGGCAGACUACAUGAUGCCCGCGAAAGACGCCACAUUCAACCGACUCGAGCACUUCGACUUUCUGGGCAUCCAAAAGGAGAUGACAGCGACCGACUCGCAUUACUACGUGGUGGCGGCAACGUCCCGUACCAGGGUCACCAGCGUACCCAUAGCUGACCCGGCACGACUCAGGAAAGAGUGCCUCCAGGAGCUACUGCACCACGACGCCAAAGGCAACAUGUCGUGGUUUGACGGCGACGCGAUUGAAGACGAAAACAAAAAAGUGCUCCAGCACCCCGUAAUUCGCGUCCUCAUCUUGCUCAAGUGGCGCGAAGUCGAAACGACCUUUUCACGAAGGGACGUAUCUUGCGAACCGUCGUAG